AUGGCUUCGACAACAUCGGAACAAGGGCGGCAGUUUGUAGUUGAGAACGGGUUUUGGGCACUGGAAAACCCGAUUAUUGGUGAACUUGUUGACGAAAUCGUGAAGGGUGGGUUUCGUUUCAAGACUGAAGAAGGUCUAGAUUUAUGUCGCUUCGCUUUAGAAGAACCUCUUAUCCGCGGUGUGAUCGAGUCUUUCUUUCCUCGAUCGGAGCUGGCAUUUUUCAAAGCGUACGGCCAAACUAGAUUCAACCAUAGUAUAAUCAACAAAACACCGGAGUUGCGAAUUCUAGUCGUUCAAUUGUGGUCGAGUGCAUCGGAAGCAAUCGUUUAUUCCGGAUCGCAUCUUCAAUCACUGGGUGCAACAAAUGCACCAAAUGGUCUAUUGAUGAUCCCUGAUGACCAUCUUAAACGCCCUAACAUCACACCAACAGCCGAAGUAAUGCCACAGGGUGGUUUAGCUAUUCUGGAUGGACGGUCGGCUUUUAAGAUUCUACGAGGGAAGAUCAUCAUGCUUGGGUUCAUGAUACCUGACGAGUCGAAAUACUGGGCUAAAAUGCGUUUACCGACUGAAGCACUCAUGGACAAAGCGAGGUCGAUGCAGACCGACACAAUUGGGUUAAAUUUUAAGUUACAAGACUCCGAACCCGACAUCGACGAACGGUGA